UGGGAACUUUUCACGCAACCUGUGUUAUAAUAAUACAGACUCAGAUGAAAUGGAUACUCCAGCAUUAAAUGGAAAUGAGGGAACACAGAACAGACAAAAAUCAUCCGAUGUAAGUCUUAUACUCCAGGGGACAUCCGAAAAAGCAACAGCCAUCUUCUAUAGCAGAAAAGCAAUGAUAUUAGAUACAGAAGCAGCUGUUAUAGCGAAUUUUGAAUUUUUGGGACAUACAGACAUGGACAUGGAAGAGGAAGAAGGAGAUGGAGAGGAUCAAAUUUAUGAUGCAAUUACGGAUAAAAAAUUGAAGAAUCGCCACCUGGUUCUAUUCAUCUGGAUGAAUGAAUUCUUCAAAGGGAUUUAUUACAUAGAGGAUUACAACAAGACCCAAGACACCCAAAUAAUAAAGAAGGCGGUGAUUCCAUGCUGGAAUUAG